AUGACGCACAACACAUUAUCGAAACAACAACAGAUUUCUAGCAAUGGUGAAGGAUCAGCUAACGGAAUCCAUAUAAUUGAAGAUGCUGCUCAAAAUAGAAUGGAAUUGCAAACAUCAUGGCACACAAAGAUAUCCAAUACGUCGUCCUUCAUCGUCUUUUCCAAGUUUCUGGGAGAAUUUUUUGGCACGGCUACACUGAUGUUUCUUGGAUGCAUGGGCUGUCUGGAUGGUUUCGACAAUAUUACAAGCAACUUCAGUCGUGGCCUCAUCUUUGGCUUUACGGUGAUGGUGGUGAUCCUUACAUUCGGUGUUGUCUCUGGUGCUCACAUCAACCCCGUUGUUUCAAUAGCCGCAUACAUCUACGGCGAUCUUUCAUGCAUGAUGGUACUAGUUUACUUUGUGGCUCAGUUUGCCGGCGCUUUGUGCGGUUACGGAUUGCUAAUGGGUGUUGCUCCUCAGACUUACUUUGAUCUAGCACUAGUUGAUGGUCACGGGACCUGUGUGACGGCUCCACAUGCCAGUCUUACAACAUCGGCGGCCUUGGGAAUAGAGUUCAUCGUCACCGGUAUUCUAAUCUGGGCGUGUUGUGGCGUUUGGGAUCCACGGAACGCCAAAUAUCAAGAUUCGGUACCACUGAAGUUUGCGCUGCUCGUAGCAUCCAUCUCUGUUGCAGCAGGACCCGCUACCGGUGCGAGUAUGAACCCUGCCCGAACAUUGGCGCCUUGUGUUUGGAACAACAGCUACCAUAAAAUAUGGAUUUAUUUUGUGGGGCCUCCCCUGGCUGGUAUCAUCAUGCCUAUAACGUACAAGUAUAUCUUUCGAAGAGAAAUUCACGGAGAUGAUGAACUACAAAUUAAGUCGCCACAGGGAUGCGUUUGCGUUGUACAUAAUAAGGAAUCAGGAAUUAACAGCACAAUGAAAAAGUCAACCCUCGACAAUAUUUCAGUCUUUCUGGCCGAGCUGAUCGGCACAGGAUUGUUGGUGAUGCUUGGUUGCAUGGGAUGCGUGUCUGGAUUAGGCCACACUCCUUCGCAUUUUGAAUUGUGCAUUAACUUUGGUCUAAUAGUAAUGAUCGUUGUACAAGUUUUCGGUUGCGUAUCCGGGGCCCACUUAAAUCCAGCGGUUACCGCUGCUGCAUGGGUGUACGAAUUAGUUUCCACCAAGAUGGCCUUGGCGUAUGGUGUAGCUCAAUGCAUUGGUGCCUUUAUGGGUUACGGCAUCCUAAAGCUGCUGACUCCAGGAGAUGUGUUCGAAACAGCCUUAGCACAUGGAGCCGGAUUCUGCGUAACACAGCCGAACAGCGCCAUCUCUAACAUGCAGGCUGUUGGCAUUGAAUUUGUUGCUACAAUGGUAUUGAUCUUAGUCUGCUGUGGUGUCUGGGAUCCUCGCAACGCAAAGCAUCACGAUUCGGUUGCCCUCAAGUUUGGUUUCACUGUCGGAGCGCUAGCCGUUGCAGCGGGACCUUACACCGGCGCAAGUAUGAACCCUGCCCGUUCUGUAGGCCCGGUCCUGUGGAACGGAGUGUACAAUGCACAUUGGAUUUACUGGGUCGGCCCGCUUGGGGCUGCUUUUCUGACUGCCUUUGCCUACAAAGCUGUAUUUCGGCGGGAAGUACCUAUUGAACAGCUUAAUCACGAGCUAGCGGCUCUUAACACUGACAAAUCGAACGCUUAGCUGGCUCAUUAUCUUCAUUCAAGCUAAAUCGUUACCAAUGAACGUUUCACGAUAUAGUACACAACACAAUUUAUACAAUGUACUGUUUUGUAUGACUACUCAGCUAAUUGCCCAUUUUUGAGCAGCAAUCGCUUAUGUCGGUUGUAUUCGCAACCGCAUGGAAAUGAAUUUGCGUCAUGCAAGUUGACGUACGCCGUUUAGUUAUAAGAUAUGUUUGUUAUAAUAAAUAAUUAGCCAGAAUUUGCUAUUUCCAUUUCUCCUAAUGGCACCCGUUGGCGUGUUUUGAUCGUCUACGUAUGGUAAAUCUAA